ACGAGCGGCAUCUUGACUUGGUUUUUCGAAAAUGGCAACAAAACAAUUGCUCGAUCGAAUCGUCUAUUAGUUGCUGCGUUCAGUACGAAUAUCGAGCAAGCUUUGCUGAAAGCUCCAAACGGAGUAGUUACGUUGGAUUUUGAUCCUGUGGCUACUGGUAUCUCCGAAGAAACUCUCGUUCAAGUAAUAGACUAUAUGUACACUGGCUCUUGUCGAUUCUCCCAACAGCUUCAACAUGCGGCAACAUUUCUUGGUUGUAACGCUUUGGUAGAUCUACUUAACUCGACCAGCGAGGAUGGGUGCGACCUGCAUGAUGAGUGGCAUGAAAUUCGUUUCCAAGAACAACUAGCCAGAUUUAGGAAGGAGUCGAAGUUUCUCGAUUGUAAUAUUGUCACAGAGCGUUUGGCUAUAGUUCGUUGUCAUCGACUGGUGAUGUGUGCGCACAGCGCAAACUUAGAGACCGCUCUAAUGGGCACUUCGAAUAGCGGCACAGUCACACUUCGGAUCGAUUCACGCAGUGUUCACAUUUCUACUGAAAACAUGAAGAUGUUGGUGGAUUUUGCUUACACUGGAGUGCUGGAUGUGGGACAGCGACGGUUCAGAAUGUUACGUCUAUCGGCUUUUGAAGUUGGUAUGAAUCGCCUAGUGGACCUCAUUGAUCAUUGUGCUUGUAAACUAGAAGACGAGGAAAAGGAUUUGAACCAGUAUGGGGUGUGUGGUAUGAAUUUUUCAAUCCCUGUGGACGAGAAUGCUUCCGGAAAUCCAAGUACAAGGCAUGAUUUUCAGCACGGUGAUCGAGCUGAAGACAGCAAAGUGAAUGGAAAUUCCGCACCCCUAACCUUUUAUCCUGAAGAUAUCACUGCUCAAGCUGCGGAUGACUAUGACUCGAUUUACGAAGAGUAUGUCAUGGGACCUCGCCGUGGUAGAAGAACCACCGUUCGUAUGCAACGUAACAGAUAUCAACCUCUGGUCGUCAGAGGAACCACGGUCGUUUCUGUCUCUGAUGGCAAGAAUGGAGAUGCUACUGUGCCAGCAGUUACAAUGUCGUUCCUUCAAGAAAAUGAAAGAAGAACAUCAGAUAUCGAUAGUUUUGGUUACGGUCUCCCAGAAAUUGUCGGUACCAGUGAUGUCACUGUUCCACUGAUUGUGGGCGAUCAAAGGGUGAUGAUGGAGAAACCGUUUAAAUGUCCAUAUUGCGACCAUAGAUCAAAGGAAAAGAGUGGGCUUGAAAAGCAUAUAAGGUGUAUUCAUACGGGUGAGGCUCCGUACAAGUGCAAGUACUGUAAUCAGUCCUUCAAAGUGCAGAGCAAUCUAGUGCGACAUAUACGCGCUCACACAGUUAUGCGACAAGAAAAAUUGGAUGCGCACGUAUUUCGUGAACACCUGAAGAUGCGAGAAUUGGAGUGUACCGCUCCAGGGUGUACUGCCAGAUUUUGGCGUCACGAUCGCUUUGCAUAUCACUGCCUCAAGCAUCAUGACAGUCAAUUUCAGCAGUACUUCAAUUCCAUGAUUUCAGAACAUUCUAGGUGUAGUGUAGAGUGUGUCGAAAAGGUAGAAGAGAUUACUGACGUCGUGCUCGAAUCCAUGGAUGUGGAUACGUGCAUACGAGAGAAUAUCAUAUGGCAAAAGCUGCCGGAGGAUAUCCGAGUUUUACUGGGCAACUCACAACGAGAAUAUGACAAACUGGUGUUGGAGUAUUCGAUUAAGAAUCAAUUACGGUACAAAGGAAAUCUAGUGCGACAUGUGAAGAAAAGUGAGGAGACGUAUUACGAUAUGAUUAUCAAGUACAGCGAAUCACACUUGAUGCUCUACCCCUAUCAUCUUGCUGACAUCAUUGUGAAGGAACUGCGAAUAACACCUUUCAAUUACUACAUUAACAUUAUUACUGAUAUGAUACAAUCUGAGAAGUCGUAUGAUUCUUUGCCGAACUUCACGGCUGCGGAUGCUGUGAGGUUAUUAGGUAUCGGUCGAAAUCAGUAUAUUGACUUGAUGAAUCAGAACAGGUCGAACAGGAAGUUUCUGCGUCGUAAUCGUCCUUUGCGCGAACUGUUGCCACAAAAACCUGCAAAGGUAAGAUUUUGUCGCAGUCUUGAAGACUGUCUUGGCCUAGUUACAAGGCGUUGA